AUGUACGUAAAAUGCUUUGAUACAGUAAUGUUUUACUAUGUGAUUUUAGUGAUUUUAGUGAAUGUCACUUUUUCUCAUUUUCAAAUUUACCGCCGUUCCGUCCCCCGUACGUCCCGACGCUCGCAGGGGACGGAACCCAGAUGACAUUGUAACCCGGAUUACAUUGCCGGGGACACUGCAGGAGGGACAUCGCGGGAGCGCAGGACAAGGUAAGUGAUCGAGGGAUCGCAGAGCAACGCCGCAUGGUAAGCCCGAGUGUAGCUCGGGGUUACCGCUUGUGCUACACUCGGGAAUAUCGCCAGAGAGGCUAC